UAUUUUUUGUUUGUUAAAUUUCGUGCAGUGUUUCCUGCAAAAUGUGAAUGGAAACUAAUCAACAAGUGUGAUGGAAACUGCGUUAAAUUUUUAUUCGAAUAGCACAUGCAAAAAUUCAACGUUGAUUUUAAUUUUUGAAAAAUUGAUAAGCUGACUCAACGUUCCACGACUAACAAAAACAUGUCUCCGAAGAAACCCGUACUGCCGCUAAACUACCUCGCGUUGAAAACCCUGUCGAAUCAGCUCAUUCACGCGUUGAGCGACGAAGAAGGGAAACAAUUCGAGGAAGUUGGCGAGUACAUGGACGCGACCACAUACGAAACACUCCAAGAUUUGCUAAAAGAAAUUUUGUCCUGCGUGAAUCUGGACGCGAGCAUAAGGUAUAGCUGUCUGGAAAUUCUCUUGCGAGAGGAUGUGAAGAAACUGGAUGUCGGUAUCUUUCCGAGGUUUUACUACGAAAAAAUACUGGAAACCAUAACCUUCAAAGGUAAACGCCUGCAACAGUUGAACCUCAAAGGCGUGUGGGUCAGAGAUUAUCCUCACCUUUUGAGUAACUUGGUCGACAAUCUGAGACAACUGAAAACCCUGAUCAUUCCCCACAUGGCCGACGAUUCGGUCUUGACUUCAGUCGUACGCCUCAAGCAUAUCACCAUCCUCGACAUAUCCGGCGAGGCCUCUUACACGCGCGACGGCGUCAGAACCCUCAAAAGUGACACCCUCAAAGUAUUGGAUAUCGGCAAUUUCGGUAAACCCUCGUUGUGCCAAGGCGACCGGGUCAGCUACGAAUUAGUAUCGGAAAUUUUGGAAAACCUACCGAAUUUGACGAGCCUGAAAACCUAUUCCUUCACCGGCCACGCCCUCCUACUCUUGUACGAAAAGAACCCGCAUUUUACGACGAAACUCACUUACCUACACGACACUGGGACAACUUUAGAAGGCAUACGGGCCAUCGUCAAGUUGUGCCCGUUGCUGGAAAGUGCUCAUUUCGAUAGUGUAAAUGAAGGGGUUGUGCGAGAAUUUCGUCGAUUGAGGAGACUCAAUUCUCUAAAGCUCACGAAAGGCGGCUUCGACGAGUUUAUGGAAUACCUGCGCCGCUCGGGCGACCAACUGCAGAUAUUGAAGCUGAACCACAGCAAAAACACGUCACUAGACCUUUCGGAAAUCUGCGUGACAGCGCCUUGCAUCGUAACUCUCGAUUGUUUCCAGAUGAAGUUGAUUUUCACGGAGAUCGACACCUACUUCGUGUCCCUCCAGAGUAUCGAGAUCUCGUACUGCGAGGUCUCUGAUGAGUGCGUGAGGUACAUAAUGACGAAUUCGCCAUUUUUACGGAGGAUCGUGGUCGGAUGCACGUUGAACAUGACAGAUGGUGACGUAUUCAGAUUGUGCGCGGAAUGCAGCUUUAACCAUCUGGAAGAAAUAUGGUUUUCCUACGCUAGAAGCCUGACUUCGACAUCAGUGGAAUUGCUGAUGGGACACUGCCCUUCUUUAAGGAUUUUGGGGCAAUUGAGCGGUUGGGACGUCCGCCAAGAGGAAGUCGAUUAUUUGAGGGCUGUGAUACACGCUACCAAUACGGACUUGACUCUCCUACCUAUAGGAAAUAUAAUUUAAUUUCGCUCAAAUAGAUGGUGGUUAUGACGCUGCCGUGAUAAUUUACCCAGGGAAGAUCAUUGUGUAGGGUAUGUCAGAAAACGCCAUCUGGUGGUUAACUACUCCAAGUGCACUAAAAUUCGUUGGACCUUUUUGGAAAUGCGAAUAUUUAUUUUAGAAACUUUUCGAAACACCUCCACCAAUUUCCUUGCAGAGAGACGACAAAAAAACAUAAAAAAAUGAAUUUGUCGCAGGUUUAAAAUAGCACUUUAACUACAGUUAACAAACAUUAGAGGUGUUAAGUGCAAUCUGGAUAGGUUUUUCUUCAGACUUAUAAUCUUGGUGAGUGUAAUAAAGUGAUUUUAACAGAAGGUCAUAAUUUAUAUUCAAUUUUUAAGUUCGAUUUUAUUUUUUAUUAUGAGAAAUUAGUGGAAUAAAUAUAUCUAGUUUAAUUGUUAUCGAUCUCCAAACUCAAACUCUAUAAACUCUCUCAAGGAUUUAGACUUAGACUAUUUUGCUAAUAUACCAGCUAGAGACAUUGACAUUUUUCUUAGAGAUAUUAAUUUUGGAUGUAUUAAUAUGGAUGGCCCUGUCUGGUCUGAUAGCAACACAUGGUUUUGUUUCUCUAUAUCAGAACGUCAGUAGACCGCAGUCAUGUAUUCUUAAAAACGAAAGUUAAUUUCCCGUUUAAGGCGCAAGCUGCAAUUGUUGAUCAUGAAAUCACAGACCAUCUGCAAGUCCACAUAAAUUAUUCUUGUAGGACAGAAGGUGCAGAUGAAAAUAUCUCCCACAAAACAAAAAAAAAACUUUGACAAAUUUAUGAUAUUUUAGAUAUUCAUGAGCCUGGAAU